CGGGGGCGAAGAGGAGGAGGCGGGAGACAAUCCCGGAGGAGGCGGCCGCCAGUGCGGGGCGGGCGGCGGCUCGCCGGGGCGGCAGGGGGACAUCAUGUCCAAGCCCGUGGAUCACGUCAAGAGGCCGAUGAACGCCUUCAUGGUGUGGUCUAGGGCGCAGCGACGGAAGAUGGCCCAGGAGAACCCCAAGAUGCACAACUCGGAGAUCAGCAAGCGCCUGGGCGCCGAGUGGAAGCUGCUGACCGAGUCGGAGAAGCGGCCCUUCAUCGACGAGGCCAAGCGGCUGCGGGCCAUGCACAUGAAGGAGCACCCCGACUACAAGUACCGGCCGCGGCGGAAGCCCAAAACGCUGCUCAAGAAGGACAAGUUCGCCUUCCCCGUGCCCUACGGGCUGGGCGGCGUGGCGGACCACGAGCACCCGCACGGGCUAAAGGCGGGCGGGCUGCAUGCUGGCGCGGCCGGCGGGCUGGUGCCCGAGUCGCUCCUGGCCAACCCCGAGAAGGCGGCAGCCGCCGCCGCCGCUGCCGCCGCCCGCGUCUUCUUCCCCCAGUCGGCCGCCGCCGCUGCCGCCGCCGCCGCCGCGGCCGCCGCCAGCAGCCCGUACUCCUUGCUGGACCUGGGCUCCAAAAUGGCCGAGAUCUCAUCCUCCUCCUCUUCCUCGGGCUCCGGGUUGCCCUACGCCUCCUCGUUGGGCUACCCCGGCGCCGGCGGGGCGGGCGCCUUCCACGGUGCCGCCGCUGCCGCCGCCGCCGCAGCCGCGGCCGCCGGGGGGCACACGCACUCGCACCCGUCGCCCGGUAACCCCGGCUACAUGAUCCCCUGCAACUGCAGCGCCUGGCCCGGCCCGGGGCUGCAGCCGCCGCUGGCCUACAUCCUCCUGCCGGGCAUGGGCAAGCCCCAGCUGGACCCUUAUCCCGCAGCCUACGCCGCGGCCCUAUGACCCGCGGCCGGAGGAUGCUCGCGCAGAGCUCCGGUGCCCGCCUGGAUGGCUGCCGGCGCGUACGUGCGGACGGGGAGUGGGGCGAGCCGCCGCCGGGGCCGCGGAGGGUGACCGGGACAGGCGAUGGUGGAGCGCCGGGGCGGUGGCCGACCUGUUGCGUGUCCCCCGCCCGCUGCCCCGGACAGAGCUUGUGUGUGUUGCAUGCGGUCUGUGCAGAUAGCCCAGCUGAAACAGAAGAGAAAAAAAAAAAAAAAAGAGGAAAGAAAAAAAAAAAUAAGAAAAAAAAUAACCUAUCCGUCCUGCCCCUUAAAGUGUGUGUUCGGGACAAACACGGAGGGGUCUGCCGGCUCCGGCUUUCCCCUCCCUGGCUCCUCGUGCCCCGCGCGGUGCUUUCUCAGAACAGUCCCGCUCUAGCACUCGGGCACGGAGAGGAGAGACGGGGGAGGCUGGGGGGUAGUGAGGCCCCGGCUCGGCACUUCAGGGCCAGGUGCGGCCCCGGGAAAGGACAGGGUGUCUCUGUCCUUGGUUCGUAGCCAGUCGUGGGAUCCACGCAAAGAAGGAUGUCGGCGGUGUGGGAUGAUGCUGCCCGUCCUGCUCCGCACCCUGACCCGCGUGGGUUUCUGCCCUCCCCUGCUACGGGAUGCUGAGAAGCGCGGGUCAUGAUUUCCAUAGGAUAAGAGGCGUGACUCGGACCCCGUGUAUCUCCCCCCCCUCCCCUCCACUAAUUAAGUCUCACCCUCAGACUGUAAAUUUGUAUAUCUCUGUGGAAAUGUUAAGUCUCAGAUGGAAAACUCUGUUAGUUACUUCGCCCACGGUCGAUUCAGUUUUAACCUGAAAAAAAAGAAAAAAAAAAAAGGAAUGCCUUUCAAAGGGAAUAAAAAUAUUGCGAGACUGCUCAAGGAUCGCAAUAUUGUCUAAGGUUAAAUCAGACUUUUUUGUCUGAGUGAUAAUUAUCUAUUUAUUAUUUAGCUGAACUGAAACAGAGCUUUGCUUUGACAGAAGAGUAUUCUCAUUAAAAGAAAGCCCAUCUCCCCCACCAACAUGAAGUGUUUCAUAUGUGUUUUGGAGUACUCUACCUGUUUAGCUUAUUUUAGGGCGACUGCAAUUCAAUUGCAAAUGGCGUUUAAAAAAAGGAAAAAAGUUUAGAGGAAAAAAUCUUUCAUCGGUUUAGAGUUCUUUUUUUGGUUUACUUUUGUAAUGUGUAUAUUUUGACUAAUGUUUGUG